AUGGGUCUUCGUACUGGUGCUACACCUCGUGGUGUUUGGUCUCCUGAGGCGAAUGCUCAGCGCCAAGUUGCUAUUGACGAUAGUUUGUCAAAAGCGAUACUAUCGUUGCCACCUACUCACGUUUUUCGACGCGAUCUACUCGCGUAUUGUACGCUACGCAACUUGAUUCCUCAUCCACAACUGCUCCCGUUGCACCCUGAUGAAGAAGAACGUCAAGGUGCAGCAUCCAGCGAGACAGCGGGGAUUAACAACGUCUACGACGUGAACGAAGUGGAGCAGAUUUCGAUCAAACAUUGGCAACUCGAUGACGGGAACUGCCGGGCCAUGUGCUACGCGCUCCCGCUCUCGAAAGUUCGUUCAGUCUGCCUCUUUAACGUAGGACUGAACAAGGAACAACUACAAUUAGUGUGCUCGACGAUACCGAAGACACACGUGACUGCACUUCAAUUGGAAUGGAAUUCACUACAUUCUACUGAAAGCAACGCAACUGAGGACCAUAGUCCUGAGCUGAGAGUGCAGGAGGAUCUCCAAUCAGGUGGAAAUGACUCAUCGGAGAUGUUUGCUCAGUUGUUAAGUGAGAGUUCUGCGUUGAUAUUCCUGUCGCUACGAGCGAACGGGAUAACCUCGAGAGGAGUAGUGGCACUUGCAAAAGCACUGCGCACGAAUAAGACACUUGAAGCUCUUAAUCUAUUCCAAAACUCCAUCGACGAUGCUGGUGCACGUGCCUUCGCCUACGCACUGCCGUUUAACACAACUCUUAAGACACUUUCACUUGCCAACAACAGAAUCUCCGGACGUGGAGCCAAGCUGCUGGUGGACGGGUUGACGAGAUAUGCCGCGCCACCGGAACUCAUCUCAGAACUUGAAGCAGCCGAAAGCCAAAUACACGCCCAGAUGGAGCAAGCAAAGAAAGCCAGGAAAAAGAUUGACCGCGCGACGGCCAUUGCACAGCUGGGUCUACCAGUCCUGGAGACAGUUGAUGGCGUACAGUAUGCCCCUGGUAAUUCCACAUUGAAGGAGCUCCUGCUUAGUGGAAAUGCUCAGAUUGGUCCCAAAGAUGUGGAAUCGUUGAGCGAAGCACUCGAACUCUUCCAGUCGAAACUGCAAACUCACCUGCGAUGUAUCAAGCUUCAGCGACUACUAAUGUUACACCAACACAAAGUACAAGAAUCACACCAGCACAUUUCUGAGUUCAUCACGUUGUGA